CUCCUCAUGCUAGAAGCAGCAUGGCAGCGAAAAACAAAAUCCGCAAAAGGUCCAAAGCGACCAGCAAAGUGACAUUUCAGCCCGAAGAUGAAGACCCGGAGGCCGAGAAGGGCAGCGGGGAGGAAGAGGAGGAUUCAGCACCUAAUGGAGGACAAGAUAGAGGGAAGAAGGAGGAGGAAGAGUUCAAUCUAGAGGAGGUUUUAAAGCUAGGAGGAACACAGGCUGACUUUGUCCUCCUCGCCGCCCUCAACGACAACGACGAGCUCAUUGACGGAGGGAAGCAGGGAGCCAUAGACGACCUGGAGGAUGGCGAGCUGGAAAAAUUCAUCACCAAACUUGGCAUCCGAGCGUUGGCCGGACAGCAGGUGAUCGCAGACGAGCCCGAGGUCGACGACGCUGCCGAAAAGGAAAAAGCCAAAGAGAAGAAAGCUCCAGCCGAGGAGACAGCGUCCACCUCUCAGCAGAAAGCUGCCAACGAGCAGAAACAAGAGAAGAAGAAGGAGAAGAAGAUUAAAGACGCUCAGGCCGCCGCCGGGAAAAAGGCGAAACAGAAUGCGAAUGUGUUUGACUUCCAGCAGCGGCAGGUCAUGCUCAUCAAACCCGGAGGGAAAUGGUUCCACCUGGAUUACACCGCCGAGGGCUCGACGGAGCAGCAGGAUCCCUCACUGGUCUCCCAGUACAAGACGCUCGCCCAGCAGCUGUUUGAGGCCGAGGUCUCCCUCUACAAGAGCAAGAAGAGUCUGUCGAAAGGAGCCAACUCCGGCUGGAUGAAGACGGUGGUUUCCUCUGGCGUGCUGGCUGACAGGAUGGCGGCCAUGACGCUGCUGAUCCAGGACGCUCCGGUGCACAUGGUGGAGCACGUGGAGAGCCUUGUCGCCAUGGUGAAGAAGAAGGGCAGCCGGCGGAUGGGUCUGAUGGCUCUGGACACGCUGCGAGAGCUGCUGCUGUCCGACCUGCUGCCGGACAACAGGAAGCUCCGCCCCUUCGCCCAGCACCCGUUUGACCAGCUGGAGGAGAAGGCCAGCGGCAACCGCGACGCCCGCGACCGCCGCCUCGUCCUCUGGUACUUCGAGCACCUGCUGAAACACCACGUGGCCGAGUUUGUGGCGACUCUGGACACUGUAGCUCACGACACGGUGGCGGCCACCAAGGCGAAGGCGCUCGCCACCGCCCACGAGCUCCUGUGCAACCGGCCGGAGCAGGAGAGGGCGCUGCUCAUGCAGGUGGUCAACAAGCUGGGCGACCCCGAGUACAAGACGGCGGCCAAAGCGUCGUACCUGCUGGAGACGCUGCUGCACAAACACCCCAACAUGAAGGUGGUGGUCUGCUGCGAGGUGGAGCGGAUCAUGUUCCGGCCCAACAUCAGCCCGAAGGCGCAGUACUACGCCGUCUGCUUCCUCAGCCAGGUGAUGCUGAGCCACGACGAGACCGAGCUCGCCGCCAAGCUCAUCACCAUCUACUUCUCGUUUUUCCGCGCCUGCGUGAAGAAGAAGGACAUCGAGUCGAAGAUGCUGAGCGUGCUGCUGUCGGGCGUGAACAGAGCGUAUCCCUACGCCGGCGCCGGAGACGAGAAGGUGAAGGAGCAGCUGGACACGCUGUUCAAAGUGGUUCAUCUGGUGAAGUUCAACACGGCCGUGCAGGCGCUCAUGCUGCUGUUCCAGGUGAUGGACUCCCAGCAGAGCGUCUCGGAUCGGUACUACGUCGCUCUGUACAGGAAGCUGCUGGACCCGGGCCUGUCGUCGUCCUCCAGACAGAGCAUGUUCCUCAACCUGCUGUAUAAGUCCCUGAAGGCCGACAUCGUGCUGCGGCGGGUCAAAGCCUUCGUGAAGCGUCUGCUGCAGAUCAGCGCAGAGCAGAACGCCAGCUUCGCCUGCGGAGCGCUCUUCCUGGUGUCGGAGGUCAUAAAAGCCAAACCGAGCCUCAAGAUGAUCCUGCAGGAGGAAGGGGACGGAGAGGAGGAGGCGUUCAAAGAUCUUGCUGAGGAAAAUGAUGAUGAUGAUGAAGAGGAGCGCUUUGUGGAUGCGGACAAAGUAGAGGAGGAAGGAGUGAGUUCACCGGCAGAGGAGGUCAAACCGGCAGAGGAGGUCAAACCCAAAGCAUCAUGGGUACAUCACCAGAACUUGGAAGGAGGGAAAAGCCUGCAGUGCUACGACCCGCUGCACAGAAACCCGUUAUUCUGCGGCGCCGACCACACGACCUUAUGGGAACUACAGCGGCUCACUCUGCACUUCCACCCGUCAGUGUCGCUGUUUGCAAAAACCAUCCUGGAGGGAGGAUUCAUCCAGUACUCCGGUGAUCCUCUGCACGACUUCACCCUCAUCCGCUUCUUGGAUCGAUUCGUCUUCAGAAACCCCAAACAGCUGAAGGGAAAACAAAACACAGAUGCUGCCGCUAUGCCUAAACAGAGGUUACCUCUCAACUAUCUACCAGUGAACUGUGACGAGUUUCUGGCUAAAGACGAGAGUCAGGUCCCUGUUGAUGAAAUCUUCUUCCAUCGCUUCUUUAAGAAACGUCAGCAGGAGAAGCAGCUUCGUCGGCCGCGACCAGACGACGACAACGAGAGCUUGGAGGACGUGGACGAUGACGAGUUUGAGAAAAUACUCGAUACCUGUGAGGGAGACUCUUACUUCACUGAUUUGGCAGCUGAGGAUCUGGACUUCGCUGGUAAUGUGAAAACUAAAAAAGCUAAGAAAGGCGCGAGUGGAGAGGGGUCAGACUCGGACGCGGACGACUCGGACGUGGACGACCUGGACGAUGAGGAGAUGUCUCUGGGCAGCAUGGACGAGGAAGACUUCGGAGAUGAGCUGGAGGACGAAGGAGGGACGUUCAUGGACGUUAACGGGGGCGGAGAUGAAGAUGAUGAUGAUGAAAUUCCUGAGCUGGAGGAUGACGACGGUGCGUUUGAUGAUUCAGAUGAAGAGAUGAACGCUCCAGACAUCACUCCUCGUACCAAGAAGGGGAAGAGGAAAUCCUCCGAGGAGCUCAACGGAUCUUUAGGUUCGAAACAGGGGAAGAAGAAGAAGAAGAAAGGAAAUGAAGCAGCUGUGUUUGCUUCUGCUGAGGAGUUUGGCUCCCUACUGGAUGAGAACGCCGGCUCUAAGUUUGACAGCAUUGGACUGAACGCCAUGGCCAACAAAGACAAAGCAGGCCUGAAGCAGCUCAGGUGGGAGUCUCAGCGUGACGACUGGAUCCAAGGCCGCGACGUAAAGACGAUGCGCCGAAAGAAAGCCACGUUUAACAAGAAGAAGACGUUCGGCGGAGCCAGGACGGGAAGCAAAAUGUUCGGGAACAAGAAGAAGAAGAAGUAGCUGCUGUGUGUUUUUGUGUGGACUGUAAAAUGACGGACAUCUUCGUGGUCUCUCUCUCUCUCUCGGAUGCCGUAGACGCCGGCCCACUCGUCGGACCGGUAGUAAACUGGGAGGAAACAGAGCAGAAACUCGUUUUCAGAUCCAGUCAGCUGAUGAAAUCUUCACGACAUGAUCUGAAGAGAAGCCAUGUUUAAUAUCUUUUUUGGAAAAUUAAAAAAAGAGACUUUGUUAUACAGGGGACAUUACGUUGCUCGGACAGAUUUUUUUCGAGAAUCUACUUUAAGUCUGUAAUAUUCUUCAUACUGCUUCUGUGUUAUGAAGCUUAAAUAUAUAUCAACGGAAAUUAAAGUAGU